UUUGAAUCUUAUCCACUGACCAAUACUUUCUUCAGACUAGUGAUUUCAUGCCAGCGCGUGGAGGUGUGCGCAUCCAGGGGACGUGCACGGCAUCUGUUGUUGACGCCUCACUCUCGCGCCGCCUCGGACAGAAGGGCACAUGCCCAGCUGACGAGGAGAAUUAAGUGUUACGUGCUAGGAAAAGCUUUCUAAUCUCUUGGAUUAUUCCUCCAAUGGAUGGGAUUUAGCCGCCGUCCGGUUUUUGUGUUUUACGCGCACUCUCAUUUGCGCCCCUGGAAGUUACAUAAUGGAAUGAACGCUCAUUACUUUUUUAUUUUUGCUCUGUAAGCAAUUGUCGAUAUUGAUGGACUCGGAUCAUGCUAAAUGAUGAUAUUUCGGUCAGCGGAGCGCCAAGACGUACAUUGGAUUAAUAGCCAGAGACUUCCCAUCGCUCUUGGGCCAAGCAGUUGUUUGUUCUCCCGUGAUUCAGCCCUUGCCCCCCGUUGAUGCUCCGCGAUGGAGACUGAGUUGAGACCUCGGCUCUGUUUCCUGACAAAAGGAGCGCGCGGCUAUGGGUUCCACCUGCAGGGCGAGAGGAACAGAGGCGGACAGUUCAUCCGCAAAGUGGAGCCCGGCUCCAGCGCUGACCUGGGGGGGCUGCGACCAGGAGACCGGGUGGUGGAGGUGAAUGGUGAGAACGUGGAGAACGAAACACACUAUCAAGUGGUGGGGCGUCUCCGUGAAGUGCCCCACCGCACCAGGCUGCUGGUGGUGGACAAAGACACGGAUGACUACCUCCACACCUGUGGCCUGGGAUGCACCGAGGACCUGGCCAUUGAGAUGGGAACCUUGUCCCCGCGGCCUUCGCCCGGACCCACUCCUUCUGCUUCUCCCAGAGAGAAGUCCCCUCUUACACCCAAAGCCAACCAGACACACUUCUUUUACCCUCCUACUAAGACCUCACAAGCCAAGGUCAGGACAUACUCUGUCACAUCAAGUACAGGGCCAGACACAGAGCUGCAGGUGCAUCCCUCACCAGAGUCAACAGCUGGGCCCCGCCUCCUUCCCCGUUUGUGUCACCUGGUGAAGGGAAACCACGGCUACGGCUUCAACCUUCACAGCAACAAGACAAAAGAUGGACAGUUUGUACGUUCAGUGGACCCCGGCUCCGCUGCUGAGGCUGGAGAUAUCAGGCCUGGGGACAGACUAGUGGAGGUGAACGGAGUGAACAUUGAGGGCCUGAAACACUCUGAGGUGGUGGCACUCAUUAGAGCAGACGGGGAGAAAGUGAGUAUCUUAGUGGUCGACCAGGGGACCGACCAGCUCUAUCACCGACUGGGGAUGCGACCAACCAGCAGCCAUGUCAAAGAGGUCCAUCUGGAAGAAUCGGCCACAGAAAGCACCCCACACAGCCCGUCUCCCACCGCUGAACUACCCACCUCAGAUCAACCAGUCAUAAACAUCACUGUGACAGACUCCCCGAUCACAAGUACAUCCCCAAAGUCCUUGUCAGAUGGGAGCUCGGCUUCUCAGUCCUCAAGAAGUUCCACCACGCAAUCAGAGCUUAGCAGCUCGGACAUGAGCUUCCAGGUCCACGAUGAAGACGAGCCGUUCAUGCACAGUGGCCUGCGUUUCAGUCCCACCGCUGCUGAGGCUAAACUUAAGGCCCUGGCCAGCCGCAACAAGAAGAGAGCACCUGCUAUGGACUGGAAUCAGAAACAUGAGAUCUUCAGCAACUUCUGACCACAGAACACAAGGAAAACAUAAGAAUUGCAAGAACGCCAUAGCACGAGAUAUACAAUUUGAAAUCUUCUCUGUUCAUGUUAUAAUCUUUAAAACUGUAACGCAAUCUUGCAGAGGCACGGUGACAGAAAGAGAAAAGAAAAAGAUGCCGGUUUUAAUAUUAUAUAAUAAUAAUAGUUAUAUUCCUAAAUCAUGUUCUAGGAUAUUAUUCUACCGCAUCUAUAAGGACAAAGACACAUUCUGUUGCUGUGUCACUUUUCACUAAAGGAAAAUAUUUAAAAGACGAAUGGUAAACUAGACAGAUGAGAGACAUUGACCCUCUGAUCUACAGUUACGUUUUUGAGUGUUUUCUCUCUCAAAUGUUCUCAAUUGAAACUCCUCACAAUGUAAAAUAAACUUUCAGAAUAUGUGUAAAUGCCAGUUAGACAUCAAUUCAAUUUGUUAAUCUUUAGUGAAAUGUGUCAAGUUGGGUGAACCAUCCUUUGGAAGCCCAGUAUUCAUGAUAAACAAUGUUCAGACUAGACUGACCUUUUGACUGUCUCAUCCAAGAGCAGUCGGCCUCUUAAGCACAUCGUACUUGAAAAGCAUCUCGGCCCAAAAGAUAGAGGUUCCAUUAUUAAGUUGUGCGUAAGAGGAGACCGUCAUCAGUUGGGCAUCCUCUGGAUUAGUGUAGUUAACCAACGGCUCACUUUACCUGCACUACCACACUCUGCCACAAUGAGUUUCUUUCAUUGUCUGUAACAUCCGCUAGCAUGCUAGCUACACACCACCAGCUGACAAGCAUGCUAGCUACACACCACCAGCUGACAAGCAUGCU